AUGACUUAUAACCUAUAUGGCUACCCUCCGCCCGAUGCUAGCCCAUACGCCUACGGUUAUGCUUACCCCCCUCCUCCCCCUACCCUGAAUCCAUGGCGCGACAACCCCCAAGGCUUCGUCCGUGACUGGGUUGAGCUCGACACCAACUCGGACAACAUCCGCCCCAACCACAUCUCCAAAGUCGAACAAUGGACCAAACACCCCGACUGGCUCAAGGUCAUCAUGAGCGUGCUCAAGGACCGCCUCGGGUGUGAGUGGCCGCAAAACUACAAGGCAAUCAUGUACCUCGAAAAGGUACCCGAAGCCGAGCUCGCUGGCGUGCACGACGAUCUCAAAAAGAUUGUCGAUGCCGGUGACUCUCUUCGUGGGCACGAACACUUUAAGGAGCAGGCCAAGGCACUCUAUGAGAAGGCAAAGGUUCAAAAGAAGAAGGCGGAUGUGGCGGCGGAGAAGAAGAAGUAUGAGGAGAUGAUGAAGAAGUUCGGGGGUAUGCCGUAUAGUGGAUGGGCGGGAUGGGCGGGGGCGCCCCCUGUAGCGGGGGCAUACCCCGGUGGGCAGCAGCAGUAUAUGGCUCUCUAUCAGAGGCCAAGUCCCUACGGCUACUACCCCUACCCGCCCUAG